CAGCUCGCUCCCGCGCUGGCUUUGUGUUGGGACUCGUGUUCGGGAAGUGACCCGGAAGAUACCCCCAUACCGCCUCGGGUACCAUGGAGGAGCUGAGCGCGGUCGGGGAGCAGGUGUUCACGGCGGAGUGUAUCCUGAACAAGAGGCUACGUAAGGGCUCCGUGGAGUACCUAGUGAAGUGGAGAGGUUGGUCCUCCAAGCAUAACAGCUGGGAGCCAGAGGAGAAUAUUCUGGAUCCAAGGCUGCUCCUGGCAUUCCAGAAGAGGGAACAAGAGAAGGAGCUGCGAAAUAGAAAGAGAGGGAAGAGGCCACGAGGAAGACCCCGCAAAAAUGUGGAGUUGGAUAUUCCACCAAAGCCAAAAUCCAGCAGCUCCUCUUCAUCCUCCUCCUCAUCAUCUUCAUCCUCUUCUUCCUCAUCGUCGUCCUCUGAUGACAGUGACACAGAAACAAAGAAAGCUCCUCGUCCCAGAGAAUCUCACCCUGUGCCACAAAAGAAGGCACAGGCUGUGGUGGCCAGGCCAGAUCUUAAGGAGCCUGUGCGCAAAAAGCGUGGAAGAAAACCCCUGCCUCCUGAGGAAAAGGCUGCCAGGAGGGCAAAACCGGGACCAAAUUGUACAUUGAGCAAGCUGCAGCCAGUGCAUAGUCCUCAAAGCUUCUCUGCCCUCAAAACUCAAUCCAAGGAGACAUCUUUGCCCAGCAACAAUAGACCUGGGGUAUCUGCAGAGCUAUUGUCCAGCAUUGCCAAGAAUUCCCCUAGCCAACCAAAUGGAAAUUCCCCUUGGGGGCUUAGCUGGCAAAGCUCUAUUGUACAUUAUAUGAACCGUUUAACUCAAAGCAACACACAGUCCAACACAAAAAUGACCAGCUCCACAUUUGGUGCAAAGAGGACCUGUCCAGACCCAAAGAGUGCUUCCAAAAUUCGGCCAGAUGUUGGAAUUAACCCUCCUACUCCAAAACCACACAAACCUCAUGAAACAGAGGAGCAGUCUCAUUCAAAUCCAGUGGCCCAAACUGCGACAAAUGGUGGAGCCAACAACAGAGAAAGCAGUAGUCAGACUGUAACUAUUCAGAGUAAGACACAGGGAUUGGCAGCUCAUACAGGAAACCAGGCUGGGUCCCAGCUAAUGAAAAAUAAUGGGUCCUCCCAAACUGGAAAUGCAAUUGGCAAAGGAGAAAAAGUGACCCGGAAAGCUGGAGGAAUUGGGGAUUCCAGGCAAGGAGCUACAGCACCCCCAGGAAGUAAACCUGCAGGGGAUAGAGGGCCGCAGUUUGAGAGACCUGGGGAGCUGGCAGAACUAAGUACUGGAGAGGACAGCAGCCUGGACUCCGACCACGAUUCAUCUCUUUCCAGUCAAGACAUGUCAGUUCAGGCUGGCCAGGACUGGAAGCCAGCCCGUAGCUUGUUGGAGCAUGUAUUUGUGACAGAUGUCACAGCCAACCUUAUAACUGUCACUGUUAAGGAAUCUCCCACCAGUGUUGGCUUCUUUAACAUGCGCCACUUCUGAAGGCAUUGAGGCUAUAAACCAAGCGAUGUUCAGAGAUUUGCUUUUCAAUCACACUUCUGCCUCCUUGCAGAAAAUAACAUUUCUGCUCCAAGACUUAUUUUUUUACUGUUUAGUUGCUUAAACCUCUCAAUAACAAGUGUUUAAGUUGCCCAAUAGACUAAUUCCUAAUUGCAGGUUACAAUUGUGCCUGUCCAUUAGGAUUAUGCAAAGCAUCUUCUUUUUUUUUUUUUUGUUAAAAUAUUUUAUGGUAUGAUGUUUAUGGAAAUUCUCAAUUUAUUCUAUUUUUAUUUUAUUUUUUUAAGUAAUGGUUGCUGGCUUUUUCAAAGAUGCUAUGUGUCUCUACCUGAGGAUGCUAUGUGCUUUAAUAUUAGCAGCUUAAGAAGAAGUUGGGACUGUGGUUUGUCAAACCAAGUAGCUAUAUUUCAGCUGCAUUAGGUCGUUUUGAGAGUAGCGUGAAUAGAUGGAAAUACUUCACUUAAAUCAGAAUCUUGGUUAGAUUUAUUCACAUUAAACCAAAAUACUGGUCAAGCCUUAACUACAGGAAGAGCUGUGCCUAGACAUUAUUGUCACAUGCAGCACUGAAAUGGCCCGAAAGCCUAUGUGACUGGAUCUAGACUUCUCCUUACAGAAGUAGAUGUGCCUUGGGUGUGUCUCAUAUUGUAGAGUAACGUUGGGUCAUGUUAAAUCCCAGGGCUUUCCAAGCUAUAAGGGUUGUGAUGUUGUUAUCCACAAUGUUUGUGCCUUUUUUAGAUUUCUAUUGUUACUCUUUAUGGCAAUGUGUAGUAGUUUUCUAUGAAUCAUUGGAAGCCUCAUAAUGAAAGGGUCCGAGAUUAGA